AUGUCCCCGUCAGAAGCAGACCCGUACAGCUCGUUACAGUCACGGCACGCGCAAAUGUCCCCUACUACCUCCCCGCCCAACCACCGCCGCUCACACAGCAGCGGAACCUUUCUCUGGGGGGGCGGAAUGAUGGGGGGAGGGCUUGGGCUUCCGCCAACUAGCCCCCGAACGAGCGGGUUUGGCGCAGGUGGCGCGGGUUUUGCAGGCAGUGUCGCGCAUUUGCCCCCCCUGAGCCCCAGGGCGGGCGGAAAAGGGGGCGGCGGCGGGGCGUUCCCUCUGCCCAACCUUAUUGGGCGGAGCAAAACGACUGGCGGCAGCUGCGUGAGGGUUCCCGCGGGCGUGCCGCUUGCUGACGUGGCUAGCCUCCCCAGAAGCCGAACAAAUUACGCGGCGAUGGGGGAAGGCGGAGGGGGAGGAGGGGGGGGAGCGGGGGGAGGGGGUCGUGGGGGGGUGGGGAGAGAAGCCAGGGCGGGGGGCGGAGGGGGGAACCUCCCCUCACUGAAUCGGGGGAAGGGCACUGGCGGAGGGGGUGGCGGGAUCUUUAGAAGCGCGAGCAGCGGGAAUAUGGCGGGGAUGGGGCAGAGUGGCGGGGGCAUGGGGGUGAGCGGUGCGGGGAUGGGGUUCACCCCCACCAUGGGUACAGUGCUUGAUGCAGGCAUGCGGGGAACGGGGGUGCCGCGAAGCGCAAGCAGCGGGAACAUGGCGGGAAUGGGGCAGGGUGGCGCGGGAAUGGGGUUCACCCCCACCAUGGGUACGGUGCUUGAUCCCGCGCGGGGGGUUGGCGGAGUCCCUAGAAGCGCCAGCAGCGGGAACAUGGCGGGGAACAUUGGCGGCAGCAUGGGCGGCAGCAUGGGCGGCAGUACGGGCGGCAGCAUGGGCGGCAGCAUGGGCGGCAGUACGGGCGGCAGCAUGGGGUUCACUCCCACCAUGGGCACGGUGCUUGGGAGUGCAGGCGUGCCUAGAAGCGCCAGCAGCGGGAAUAUGGGCGGCAGGGGCGCCAGUGGCGCUGGCAUGGGCGGAACUGGCGCGGGCAUGGGCGGGAGUGGCGGGGGGACAAGGCUCAGUGGGUUAGGAUUGGGGUCACCUGGUGCGCAUAAAGGGGGCGCGCACAGGAGAACAAGCAGCGUUAGCAGCGGUGGUGCUGCUGGUGGUUUCGCGACUAGCAGUGCUAGUGCUAGUGGUAUGCAACAGCAGCAUGGUCACAGUCAGAGCAGCCAUACUAGUCCUAGCAGCAGCAGCAGUGGUGUUAUGGGUCGGCACAGGCGAUCUGCUAGCACAAGCUACCAGCCUGAUUCCACUACCACCACCAACCUUCCUGACGUCAGUAAACUUAAGGGAUUCCGAACGCCAAGAAUCGUGCUUCCCCAUCACGAUAGCAUCAGCCCUGCCACGUCACCGCAUUCCACCAGCCCACGUGGCAGCAGCAGCAGCCUCGCUCCCGGUGACACGUCACUCAAGUCGCCCUACACCAGCCCGCCCAAUGCCAGUCCACGUGGCACUCCGCCCUCCCCCAGUUACCGCCUCCCCCCCCAUAACCCGAGUGAGUAUUACCGGCUUGCUUCGCCUGCUGGUGGGUGGAUGGGCGGGGCGUGGGGACGAGGGGAGGGAGAGCAGGAGGAGGAGGAGGGCGAGGAAGGGGGGGAGGGCGAGGAGGAAGGGGAGGAGGAGGACUGGGGGAGGUACAUGGGUGGUGAGGCGUACGAGGUGAAUGAGAAAGGGGAAGUAGAGGAGGGAGAAGCAGGAUCCGCAGGAGCAGGAGGAGAAGCAGGAAGGACAGCAGAAAAGGCUGCGAAUGUGGAGGAAGGAGGGGAGAGGACAACACGGGAGCAGGGAAAUGUGACUAAAGAAGCUGCAGCAGCGGCACAAGGGAAGGGGGCUGUGGUAGUCCCAGUACAAGCAGCCGCAGGCGAAGCUGCCAGGAAGGAGCCAGCAGGAGCCACGCAAGUGGUCACUACCCAAGGGAUCAAGCAAGGAAAGGCAGAUGUGAAAUCCUCGGUGCAAGCAGGAGCAGCAGCAGCAGGAGGAGGAGGAACGGCGGACGCGAGAACUAUGGUGCAAGUGGGAGCAGGCGAAGCUGCCAUGAAAGAGACAGCAGCAGCAGGAGGAGGAGGAAAGUCAGACGUGAAAGCACUGGUGCAGGCAGCUCUGUCGGAGUGGCGGAGGAAGGAGGAGGCGGCAAUGCAGCAGCAGGCAGCGUCGGUGCUGGGCAGGGGAUUGUCGGAUGUGCGCAAGGUGUAUCAGCUGGGGAAGGAGCUGGGGCGGGGCAACUUUGGGGUGAUUCGCGAAGCGGUUGACUGGGUGUCCGGGGAGCGGUUUGCUUGCAAGAGUGUCAAUAAGAAGCGGUUAGAGUCUGGGGGAGCUCUGGUCUGGGGGAGCUCUGGUCUGGGGGAGCUCUGGUCUGGGGGAGCUCUGGUCUGGGGGAGCUUGAAGCGGGAGAUUGAGCGAGUGCUCCAGAAAAACAAGCCCUUCAUUCCAGCCCACUCCCUCCUCUCUCUUGCCCGCCACGUGCCUCCUACCUGUCAGUGUCUGGACGAGCUAGAUGAUCUAAGGAGGGAGGUGGAGUGCUUGGGUGAUCUGGAGGGUCUGAGGAGGGAGGUGGAGUGCUUGGACGAUCUGGAGGACCUCAGGAGGGAGGUGGAGUGCCUGGACGAUCUGGAGGACCUGAGGAGGGAGGUGGAGGUGAUGCGAUUGCUGAAAGGCCAUCCCAACAUUGUGUCGCUUGUGGAUACCUAUGAAGAUGACACGGAUGUGCACAUAGUGAUGGAGCUCUGUGAGGGUGGAGAGCUCUUUGAUCGCAUCGUCGCGCGCAACCACUUCAGCGAAAGACAAGCAGCACAGGUGUGCCGCACUCUGGCCGACGUGCUGCGCUACUGCCACUCGCACCACAUCCUGCACCGCGACUUAAAGCCCGAGAACGUGCUGCUUGUGUCGACACGUAGCGACACGCGUGUGAAGGUGAUCGACUUCGGCAUGGCCUACCGCUUUCAAGACGGCGAGCGCUGCACCCAACGUGCCGGCACUCCGAAUUACAUCUCUCCCGAGGUCAUUGCGAAGAAUUACGGGACCGAGGCGGACGUGUGGAGCUUAGGGGUGAUUCUCUAUGUCAUGCUGUGCGGGCUGCCGCCGUUUUGGGGCGAUACGACGGAGGAGAUUUUCUCGAGUAUUCUUUACGAGCCGUUGGAUCUGGAGACCGAGCCUUGGCCGGACGUGUCUGCCGCGGCGAAGGAUCUGGUUCGGCGGAUGCUAUGCCGGAGGUUCGACGAGCGGAUUACAGUGCCGGAGAUACUGAGUGAGUUGGCAUUGGCGUGUGUGGUGGGUGCUCGUGGGGAUACCAGCAGGGCUGUGUGUGUUGCUGCCCACUCCCCUUUCAUCCAUCAGUGUUUCCUCUGUGUGUGA